ACAUUUGGCAUCAUUAGAGGUUCCAUUGAUGAUAAAGUAAUCAUUCUAGGGAAUCACCGCGACUCAAGGAGACCCGGGGCCAGUGACUCUAUCAGGGGCGCUGCAGCUUUAAUAGAAGUCGUCCGAAGUUUCGCAACGGCAUACAGAGCAGGAUGGCGGCCUCGGCAAACCAUCAUGUUUGUCAGCUGGGAAGGUGCAGAAACCGGACAAGUUGGAUCCGAACCUUGGAUAGCCUCUCAUCUCCCCUGGCUUCGGAAGACUGCCGUAGCAUAUCUAAACGUCGUCGUUGCAGCAGCAGGCUCCGAAUUCCAAGUCAAAGCAACCCCACUCCUGCAAAACGUUGUCCACAGAGCG